GGUCAGCGCUCAGUCAUGCCUGAGUCGUGCUGUCGUUCGGUCGUAGUUCUCGCGGUAUACGGUUCGGUUCACGUCGGUUUAGUUCGGUUAAGGGAAUAUCAAUACCGCCCUCACAUUGCGCAAACUCGUGUGUACUAAAUUCCUUCGUGUUUGUUUGCUAAAACGUGGUUUACCCUUUGCUUUGCAAGUGACUCUACUAAGACGUGCUGUCUAUUUAUAGCCGCCCCCUACUUCUAUGCAACUUCUGCUGCAUAGGCACUUUUGUAAGUUUGUCCAAGCGACUCGAAGAGAUCGGAUAUAUUCGCAAUGAUGUGAUAACGCCCCAUUCUACUGUUGCGCGGCAACAUACACGUCAUAACCUCCAAUUUCACAGCAGUUACGCACCACUUCGCUGAAAAUCAGCAAAGUUUUGUGUUUAUGACUCAAAGAACCUACGACAAUGGACGCCGAUUUGUUCGCAUGUCGGCUGUGCAGCAACACGGAGGAAUUGGUGGACGUCGGCGAUAAAAAAACACAAUUCGCUGCUGAAUAUCGGAAUAUUGUUAAAAUAAUGACUGGAAUUAAGAUUAAACCAAAUGACAAACUUUCCUCAAUCUGCCGUUCGUGUUUAAAACGUGCGAUUGAAAACUACGACUAUCGCAGAAGUGCGAUUCAACGCAAUGCAGAACUGACAAAGAAACGUGAAGAACUAGAGAAUAGAAUCAAAGAAGAUGAAGAAGCAGUGAAAAUAUUGACUGGAGAAGUUUCCUCAACAGAUAACAAGACCAAUUCAAAUGUAUUUGAUGAAAAUACAGAGGAUGAAAGUGAUGAGGUUGAAUUUGUUUCAAUUUCAUUGGACAUCACGUCGAAGGAAACUGCAACAACAUCCAGCGCAUGCGCGAGCGCAACACAAACAAAACCUGAACAAAUCGUAUCUCCUGACGCGAACCAAAACUGUGAUAAUAAUCAACGCGUAGAAGACUCUCACACUGAAACUGAAACAGUGAAUGAAGAAAUGACUGCUUCUCCUGCAGUUGAUGGUAAUAUUCUCCUUAUACAUAACACAAACACAGAGAAUGUAGCAACAAAAACUGUCAAACAUGUUGAUUUUCCGCCGACUGAUGGUAAUAUAGGUCUCUGUAAUAAUGACAACACUGAAACAGAGUUUGUUGUAAGGAAGAGUGUAAAACGGGCUGCAUCCCUUGCGGCUGACGAUAAUAUAGUUCUCUGUAAAGAAGACGAAGCAUUCGAUGAUGACACUUCAAGUUCCGAAAGUAUUACAACAGAAAAACAACUGCAUCCUUCUCUAAAAAGGAUAAUUAACCAAUAUCCGAAUAUUCGCCUACCUGCUUCGGUUUACAAAACAACAUUUCCUGAAGUACGCGUGGAAUUAACUCACGACGCCGUAAAACGUCAGAUUGUUAAACUAAAACGACGUUUCCGAAGAGGAUACAAGAAGAAAGUCAAGAUACCGACUUCUCCACGAGACCUUCCUAUACAAAGACUUGAAAUACCCGAUGUAAUGCCCACAACAUCAAAGGAACUGAAAGAAUUGGUCACUUCUUCGCUGGGUUUACAACGCACCGGGCCAGAAACCCCACAGAAAACUCCUGCGAUAAGUAUAUCUUUACCUACAUUAACAAUUUCACAUGUAGAUGUCAUCCGUAAUCCUGAAUCGAUUGAGAAAACACCUGAGAAGUCAUGGAAUAAUCGUUUAGGAUUCACCACGCCCAUUGACACCGAAUAUUCUCAACUGCGUUUAUCUCCGACUGAAUUCCUUGAUACCAUUGACGAUGAGAAUGAAGAUGUGGAUAUGACUGCUGCGGGUGCUGAGGAGGAAUGCAAUCCGGGUGAUUAUAGUCUGAUUAAGGUAGCGGAUGAGGAAACGAUUUAUAUUUGUGACCAGUGUCACAAGGUGUUUCAAAAAAAGAGCAAUUUCAAUCGGCAUAAGUUGAUACACUUACGAUGCGUGUUUUGUGGGGUUAGGUGUCUGUCAAAGGAAAAUCUACAGGCGCAUGUGCGUACAAAAUGCCCGAAGAGGACACGCAAGGUUAGUGUACGACUUGUACCUAUGGAACGCGAUGCAAAAGUUAAACAUUUAUUGCCUUCGACGUUUUUCAAAGAAAUAAACAAAGAAAAAGAUGCUGAAGUUGCGGAAUUGCCGGUUGUAAAUGAUAAUUAUUCAGCGUUUGAUGUUGCGUUGCAAUAUUUUCGGAAUGAUAAUAAUGAUGAGUUGUCUGAUGUGGAGAGUAUACAUCUUUUGAAGGAGGAUGACGCGGAAAGUGGUGAGGUUAGGUUAGAAUCAAUUGAAGAAGAUGAAGAAGCUGAAACAACGCCUGUAAUAGAAGAAAAUUCAACUGAUGUAGACACAGUGGAGGCUGAAACUGCAGUAAUAAAACAUGAUGUUAGUUAUGGUGUUGAUUUUGAGGAAACAGCGACCUCUGUUAUCUUCGGUGAUGCGCAGGAUUAUGAGGCUGAAGCUGCGCCUGCGCUACGAGUGACAGAUGGCAGUAAUGUCAAUCAAUUGCAAAUGGAUGAAGCUUUUCAUAUUCAAAGACUGUCGCAAGGCUGCAAACAAUCUGACACGCACACAACUGCGCAGGUGCAAGUAACUCCGAAGGAUUUCAUCGCUAUUGAGAAUUCUGGGCAAGCGCUGUUCAUUAAAGGCUUGGCGAAUGUUCCUGGCAGCGGAUGAAAUCAUCCCGAUUGAGUUGUGUUAUCAACCUAAGAAGUUCAAGGUGAGGAUUGCGGAUUAUUUGCCGCCGGUUCCCGAGGAGAAGUUUUAUGAUUUCAGUCGUGCUAUGCCUGUCUCAUUGCAAUCGUAUCAGCAUAUGACACAGAAACGGACGAUUUAUAAUUUUAUGUCGCAGAAUGCUACAAAUGUUGAUUCUUCAAAGGAAAAGGAAAAGCAGAAAACUGCUAUAAAGCCUAAUAAUGAUGUUUGUGGAGUCAAUAACAAGUCUAUUCUGUCAACUUUUUCUGGUGUAAAUUUAUCGAAUUUCACUGGGAAAAAUGAAAUGUUUGGCUGUGCAACAUCAACGCCAUCUACAAUUACAGGCAGAGGUGGGAGAUAUAAUAAAAAAGCAAAUUGUGGCGAUACAACACCGACUAACAUACGAAUAAUAGCGACUGGAAAUGGUGUCAUUCUAAAGUCUGUUUUACAAAAACCCACCGAUUCCAAACGCACUUCAGUUAGUACCAACAAUAACAUGAAUCAGCUUCCAAAAGUACACCCAGUUGUUGUUGUCAUAGACGAUGAUGCAGCAGAAACACCAAAAACUUCAGAAAUGUCAAAAAUCACGCCAUCUUCCAGCUCUGCAAGCAAUACAACAUCAAAUAAUGUGAAAUUAACCAUGGAUACAACAGUAAACGUUGUUAAACCCGCAGUACGACCAGUUAUCAAGGUUCUAACACCGCAGGAUAUCAACAAUAAGAAAAUAGUAAGAAAAACUACAUGAAUACCAAAACAAAACAAUCGCCGAAAUCACCAGCGACAACAGCGACAUCUAUACAACCUACACCUGUACCUUAUAAUAUCCCUGUCACUGUAACCCCUCCAAUAGUUACAUUGACAAGCACUACGCCUGCAGCAAAUCAAAUAUCACCACUGAAAAGUCCAACAUCGUUAAAUUUCUCCACAAUUUCACAACCUCCAUCAGAUAAUCCUAAUAAUACAACUAAUACAAACAAGAAGAAGAAGCCAAAUCCACCAAAAUCAGCUCCCCAGACGAAAUUACCAAAGAAAAGAACACUCGAGAGUGCUGAGGUGAAGGCAGCGAGAAAUCAACGAAGGAAACUAGCUCGAAUGAAACAAAAACAACUAAAACAGCAGGAAGCGGAGAAGUUGCGCGAGGUAACCGCGCAGAUUCCUAUUGCUCCGAUGCCAGUGGCGCCACCACUAAAUGUCACUUUAGACAGCUUAACACCGAAGACUUAUAUAUGUUCGUUCAGUCGGCCUGUGCCGCCGGUUGCCACCGCGAAUUAUGCGAAUAAUAGAUUCACGCCGGAGAUACCCGGCCUUGGAUUCUAUGUCAACUAUUCAUAAUCGAGGACGUUCAUUGUUUAUUAUCAUUACAAAGUAAUAUUAAUGAUUAUCUCUUAUUAUUAUUAGUCAUUACAAAUACAUUUUCUAAGAUA